UCCAAACGCUGCAAAGCUCAGUCACGAAAUCUAUCCAUCUCAUAUGUGGAUGGAAUGACCCCACCAGUCACAAAAGAACGUCUUUUGCAUUAUUUUGACGUCACACUAUUUUCCUGGUAGUGCUUCCUUGUUCGGAUUUUUUUGAGAACGGGACUUGCCCACAAAGAAAGAAUUCCAUUGAGAGUCAAAACCGCAGAUUAAUCCAGACGUGUGUGGAGAACCAUCAGAGCAUUCAACAUGUACGCACCAGGGGCUCAAGGGAUCAUGGAUGCCACAAUUCAGGACGAGAGGAGGAUUGUUCUGGUCGGAAAGACCGGAGUGGGAAAGAGCGCCUCUGGGAACACUAUCCUGGGGAGAGAAGCUUUUCAGUCGGAGCUGUCGCCGUCCUCACUCACCGCAGAGUGCAGUAAAGCCAAAGGAGCCGUUGGCACACGGAAAGUGGCCAUCAUAGACACUCCCGGACUGUUUGAUACAAAUUUCACUCAGGAGGAAGUCCUGAACAAGAUCAAGAUGUGCAUCUCUCUGUCUGCCCCUGGACCCCACGUCUUCCUGGUGGUUCUGCAGCUUGGCAGGUUUACCAAGGAGGAGCAGGAAACUGUUCAGAUGAUCCAGACUACUUUUGGUGAAGAUGCAGCCAAAUAUACCAUGGUGUUGUUCACACAUGGAGACCAGCUGAAGGGCCAAACCAUUGAGGAAUUUGUUGCAUACAGCCCAGAGCUGAUUGCCAUCAUAAAGCAUUGCCACAACAGGUACCACAUCUUCAACAAUGAGGUCAAAGAUCCCGUUCAAGUCAAUCAACUCCUGGACAAAAUUGACAUGAUAACCAAGUUUAAUGGAGGAGGAUACUACACGAACGAGAUGUUCCAGAAGGCAGAGGAAGCAAUUCAGAUGGAGAAGGAGCGAGUUCUUCAGGAGACGAAGGCAGAAAGGCAGAGGGAGCUGGACCAACUCCGCGCCAUGUACUCUGGAUACAUGUACACCCAGUACGAGUCUCAGGUGUUCAGCAGAUACGAGAGCGAGGCCCGACAUCGAGCAGAGAGGAGAAACCGCUUCCUCGACAGAGAAUCGGUUGCUGUAGCUACUAAAUACGGGGCUGCCGUUGGAGGCGUGAUGGGGAUUCUUGGAGGUCCAGUUGGUAUGGCGUUGGGAGCUGCUGCAGGCGCUGCUGCUGGCGCUGCUCUUGGAGCAUUGGUUGUGCGAUUCCCAGAUCGUUGUCGCAUGCAGUAAAGACAACAUACCACGGAUCGGUGACGGAUUAAGUUUGUUGGGUUUUUUCUCUGUAUUUCAAUAGGUGCAUGUAUGCACAUUUUAACUGUACUGACAGAAUCUAAUCUCAGAUUUUGUAACCCUUCCGCUCUUCUAGGCUUUUUUACAUUAAAAGUAGGGUCAUCUGGACCCCACAAGACAGUGUGUUAAACUUUUUUUUCAAUGAUUGUCGAUCUUUACUGGUGUCCAAUGACAGACAUGAAGUCUUGUCCACUUUGUCAGGGAAGGGCUAACUCCUCAAUGUAAGGGUGGGGUCAUCUGGACCCCACAAGAGAGCACGUUUGUGGUUUUUGUAUUAUUACCAGUUUCUACUCUUUUACUUGUACUCUUUUUCUGCGUUGUAGUGCAGUUUCCUUCUGCAGCUGGUGCCAAUAUACAGAAGGUGCAGCAUGCUAAUGUUAGCACCAACAGUUGGAUACAAAAACUGGUGAAAAAUGUUUAUGCAUAACAGAACUGUCAAGUAACAUAUGAGCAAAAUGUAAUCUUUGUUUUUUCAAAUUAUUCUUCCAAUUUUUUCUUUGCCCACAUCCACCUGUAAGACUCAAUAGUUUCUCCUUGGGUUUUGUCUCUUUGUAUUAAAAUAUUCUGUAUCCUUAAUUGCAAAUGUUGAAAGUAAACCUACACACUACAAUAACUGAUGCUUUGGUUGAUUUCUGACUCAAUUAUGGAUAUGUCCAACUAUGAUUUAAUUGUGAGCGUUUAUAUUUUUAUUUUUCUGAAGUACACUCCACUUCUGUAAAUAACUCCUAAUAAAGUUGAUUCAUCAAAAAAAUGA